CCAUAAAUUGCCCCCACCUCGCCUUCUUCUCCAUUCCGCAACCACAGCAGAGCAUAAGUGAGCCACUCUAAGAGGAAGCAGAGAUAAUGGUGAAGGAGGUGAACGUGGAGGCGGAGCAACAGCAGCACAAGGACUAUACUGACCCACCGCCGGCGCCGCUGCUAGAUUUGGGUGAGCUCCGCCUCUGGUCAUUCUACCGCGCUAUAAUCGCGGAGUUCGUAGCCACCUUGCUCUUCCUUUACGUUACUGUAGCGACCGUCAUCGGCUAUAAGAAGCAGUCCGCAGCCGAUGCAUGUGAUGGCGUCGGCAUACUUGGAAUCGCCUGGUCCUUUGGUGGCAUGAUCUUUAUUCUCGUCUACUGCACGGCUGGGAUCUCUGGGGGGCACAUUAACCCUGCAGUGACGUUUGGACUGUUCUUGGCGAGGAAGGUUUCGCUGGUCAGAGCGGUGUUCUACAUCAUCGCGCAGUGCUUAGGCGCGAUUGUUGGCGUCGGGAUCGUGAAAGGUAUAAUGAAGCACUACUACAACUCGCUUGGCGGCGGAGCUAAUGAGGUGUCCCCCGGAUACUCCAAGGGUACGGCCCUUGGCGCGGAGAUCAUCGGCACCUUCGUCCUUGUCUACACUGUCUUCUCUGCAACUGAUCCCAAGCGCAACGCUCGGGAUUCUCACAUUCCGGUCUUAGCCCCGCUUCCUAUUGGAUUUGCGGUCUUCAUAGUCCACCUGGCCACCAUUCCCAUCACCGGAACCGGCAUCAACCCAGCCAGAAGCCUGGGCGCCGCUGUCAUCUACAACCAACACAGCGCCUGGCAUAAUCAUUGGAUCUUCUGGGUAGGCCCUUUCGUCGGAGCGCUUGCAGCAGCGGCGUACCAUCAGUACAUUCUCCGGGCGGCGGCGAUCAAGGCCUUGGGCUCCUUCCGCAGCAACCCAACCAACUGAGCUCUCACUCGGAUCCCGCCUUACUCUCACUCUUCUGGCUUUGUUGUGUGUAUCAAGAGAGUACUGUGAGGUUUAGAUCAUCUUUAUCAUCUUCUCCUUCUUUGAAUUUCAUUUGUGAAUGAGGACGAUCAUCGUUGCAUCCAUCUGAUGUAAUUGCUAAGUAGAUUGCUUCUGUUUGUUUCUUGUUGGUGUGUUAUUUUUACUGAUAGUUAAUUUGUUAUCAGAUUAUGGUGCUCGUCACCAUCGCCUUUAUUAAGUAAGUGAUCAUUAGCGA